UUCCCAGGCUAGGGAUUGAACCUGCCCCACAACAGUGGCCCCUGCCAUUGCAGUGACAACACCAGUGCCUUAACCUGCUGGGCCACAAGACACCUCCUGUUCUUGCAUAUUUUGCAACGUUUUGGGUUACAUCGGGGCCAGUUCUAACCAGACUGGUGUGGAACCCUGGGCGCUAAGGGAAAAAUAGGCUGGGGGUCUUGUCCAUGGUCCUGGAGCCGGUAGGUCCUAGGAUGGUCAGGAAGCGUUUGAAUGUUUUUCUCCUUCCAGGCUGCUUUUGGCCAUGUGCUGUUUCAUGAGGGCUUUUGUGAUGUCCUGCCCUUGACCUGUGGGGCAUUGGGAGGAGGUUGGAGAACUCAGGUACUCUUCAGGGGCUUGGAGAUGGGGAAGGUCCAUUCUCAGCAAGUCCUUGAUGUGUGUGUGAGCCUACCUGGCCUGCUGCAGUCUGGGGGCCUUUUCUUCCUAGAGCCCAUCGGCUCAUCCCUUCUGACAUGUUUUGAGUGACUUUGUUUUGAACAGAGCUCAGGGUUGCUAAAGAAAUUUUCCGGAGACCUAGGUGGGAGGGUCUUUCUCCCAUCCCAGCCUCCCUGGACUUUCUACUUUUCUGCAGCCAGACUCUGCUCCUGGCUUGGCUGUGGGACACCCAGUUAGCAGCAAGCUCCCCUUAGUGGACAGUUCAGAAACAUCUCCAUCCCUUUUGGCAACUGUAAUUUCCCACAGGUAGGGCACUGGUUUACUCAAGAUCAGGACAGGGGCCCCGAAGACUCAAAUCUGCGCCUUCCCCUUGGUCUGUAACUCUCCUUGACCUCCGGGGUCUGAGUAAAGGAACGGGGGACAGGCUUUGAAGUCCCCUUGCCCUCCAUCUUGCUGCCUUGGGACCAAGGAGCACUGGCUUGCUUGUCCAACCCCAGGAGGCUCCCAAGAGGGAUGAUGGAUGAGGAAGGCUAUGCAUCACUAAGGUUUUGGAGGCUACUUAUUUGUCUCCUGUCCAAGUGGCCCCCUGGGCCCCCUAGGCCACCUAGCAGUAUUGACCUUUGGCCGGGGGACAGAAAGUCCGGGAGUGGGGAUGGCCCUUGCUUGCUCUGUGACCCACUUAAUGGGGGCAGUACCCUAGCCAGCACCUGGGCUGCCUCCUGGAAGGUCUUCUCAGAGUUCUGAGGGGGGCUAACCCCUGACCUUCCUUGUCAAGUGGGAGGGAGAGCCCUGGGGACGGGACUCCUGGGUUUGGCUGGUUGGGUUCCUGGGCCGGAUUUGCGUGUGUGGGCCAUUGGACCGUUGGACAGAGACAAGUACACCCGCCCUGGGAUUCGCCCAUAGCUGUACCCCGGCCCUAGCCCUUUGUCUAGGAAGGGCCCGAGCUCUCUGCGCAAGGGGCGGGGGCGCAGGGCGCCUGGGAUCCGCCCCCCUCCCCGACUCAGCCACCGCCCACCCGCUGGCCUGGGCUUCGGCACAUCUGGUGAUCCCAAGCACAUCUGGGCAGCCGGCGCCAAAGCAUGAACGGCUCGCAGACGGGCGUCACAGCCCGAGCCGCCUGGCUGAGCUCCUGCUGCAACCAGUCGGGGGUGCCGCCGCCGCCGGCGCCGCCGGAACCCCCCGAGGGGCCGCGCGCCGUGCAGGCGGCGGUGCUGGGCGUGCUGUCCCUGCUCGUGCUCUGCGGGAUCCUGUUCCUGGGCGCCGGCCUCUUGCUCCGCGCCCGGGGCCUGAUAGCGCUGCUGGCCCGAGAGCUGCGCGCGUCCCGGGAGACCGAGCCCGGUGGCGCCAGCGGAGGCGACGACGACGAGGACGACUCCUAGGCGCCCGGCUGCGUUCGGGGGUCGCCUCCUCCGAGCUGCCCGCAGCCUCCGCGCUCGAUGUUAAGGGAGCGGCCCCCGACGCCCUUCUGAGAUGCGGGCGCGCACGCACAGAUUCCCGAGGCUCGCGUGUUCUGCCUCCCAGAGAGGUCUCCCUCCAGCCCACCGGCCGCACAGGAAACUCCUGCGACCUUCGAUCCCUGCAUGGUGCAGAUGACAGCCUGGGAGAAACUUGGAUUGUGCUGAGACCUCAGCCUGGGAUCCUUGCACUCAGCUGCUGCCUCUGAUUGGCUCCAACCAUCCUCCUGAAGUGCUCAUGGAGUGGGUCUGGGAGGUCAGCGCUCCGGGAAUGAGUGGUCCCCAGGGCAACUGCUUUGUGUCCUGGGUACGGAAGAGGCCACACCCUCCAGGAUGCUCAGUAUAGUAGAUGUUGACCAGGCCCCCUGUCUGCUGGACCUCUGAGGACACAAGCACAGCCCCUGUCCCCAUCUAUGGUGCAGGGUAGCUGCGGUCUGACAGACCAGUGACUUGUACCUGCUGAGGGCCGUGGGUACUGUCCCCCAUUUGGAGGUCUUGGGUGCUCCAGCAAUGCCCUGCCAUUGCCCCAUCACUUCCUGUGGCUUGUUAUUAAAUAUGCUGGUAAUGCUAGUUUGGGGUAUACAGUCUAUGUCUCCAGCUCUUGACUCUUGGGAUUAGUGGUAACCCCGGGACCCACUCCAGUUUGGACUGUUUCUGGCAGAUCCUGAAAUAGCAACUCCGGCCGCGGCCCCUCUCCCCUGGUCUCUCCUCAGUGCUGGCUGUUCCCCUUCCACACCCAGAUCCAAAUCAUUCCAAGGGUGGGUAGCGACUCUCACGCCGACACUCGACUGCCCCCCUGUGGCCAGUGUGCGCAAGAACAUCUCUUCAUUCCGCUGAUGUAUUAGCCUCUGAAACACAUAGCCUGGUGGGGGAGCUUGUGCCUUGAUAAUGGAUUUUGUAGUAUGCGCACUAAAUUCUAUAUUGUAAGCCUU